AUAGCUGUGUACCACGUGCAACCGCGCUGUUGUAUUUUAUACGGUUGUACGUAGAGGUCGAAAAGAUAUCGGCGGCGGCGACGUUGUCGGGCGUUAUACAACAACAGCUUCCAGACAAUAGUUGUAAUAAUAAAAAGAAACGGCGGAAAAACAAAAACGAUUUUUAUAGAUUUACCGUGUCGGACAUUCGCGAACCGGGUGUGCCCUCGUGUGGGCAGAUACCGCGAGUGGGCACGCGACGACCGCUGCUGUCGGACCGAAAUGGCACACACCGUCGUACACUUACACGCGCGCGCGCAUAUCUGGACAUAAUAACAUUCAAGUCGGUCGCGUCGCGUACAACUCUCCCGUGUCGCCGAUGUGCCGUUAACGUAUCGCGCCAAGUGUUUGUUGACGCCGCCGCCGCCGCCACCACUGCCGACCAGUGGCGUGUAGCGUUUAACAAUCAUCGUCUUCGUCGUUCUAGAAUCAUUUUUUUAUCGUUAAUUAUAUUAUUGUUGUAAAGCAAAUACAUACCAGUCGUCGUCGGAAUGGAUUUCGGAUUGUACGUCGUCCCAAUCCUCGCAAUUUUGGGAACGGUUGCGUCCAAAAUUGAUGGAGGAUGGGACACGGAACCCAAUACGCAGUACCACAUACAGACGGACGAGGGACCGGAAAGGUACUUCAAGUAUCAAACAAUUAGCGGGCAGUACCGGAAAGAGAGGCGGCUCCAAGACGGCAGUGUGGUCGGCACGUACGGAUGGGUGGACGCGGACGGAUAUUUGAGGCUCAACGAUUACGUAGCCGACUCGAAGGGUUACAGGAUUGUGAAGAAUAAAAAGCUGUUCGUGGGCGCCCAGGCUCCGGUCGGUCAAGCCGUGUCGGCGGCCAAAUACGUGCCAGCGGUGGCCGGCACAGCCGUGUCUGCGUCGCCGUACCACCACCGGGCGGCAGUGGCAGCGGUUGCCGUGACCGCGGCCAGGCCUGUGCAGGCCGUCACGCAAGCGCCGCCCGUUCAAUCGUCGUGGCGCGGAUCGCCGUUCGUGUACCCGUCCGACAGUCAGUCGUCACCGCUGCGGUUCCCGUCCGGCAGUAGUACCGCGUCGCCGCUCCAUCGGUUGGCCGUCUCGCAGUACCGCGGACGCCCGUCGCCGAUCAGAGGCAGCGAUCAACGCCGCGUCACCACCGCCGCGCCGCCGGUCCAGCCAUCGUCGGCGGCCGACGACAGUGGUUACUAUUCCGUGCGACCCGUGGACGUGAACUCGAUCGCGGCCACCGUGGACGGGGACGACCGCAACGACGUCGACGACGCGUACCGGCGCCGAUCAUCCGGCGGCCCGGCGGCCGCGGAACAACCGUUGUACGAGCAACCGCUGCGGCCGCACACGUUCCGGCCAGCGUACCGCAAGGUGGUAGACAUGUCGGGACCGGACGCGUCGGCCACCGAGGCCCAGUACGACGGCGUGUCGUUCGUCCGGAACGGGUUCAAGUAUUACCUGCCACGGCACUACCACGAGGAGCAGACGUCGUCCGACGGGACGGGCGAGACGCGCUCCGGCAGCUACGGUUACGUGGACCCGUUCGGGAUCAGGCGCGUGGUCUACUACAACACGGCCCCCGGCACGGGGUUCGUCCAUCGCAAGAAUAACCGUUACGUCGGUGUGAACGCGGAACCGUACGAUCCGCGACCGCAAUAGGUGCCCUCGGUCCGGUCGCCAUCGGUCGCACGUAACACGCGACGCGCCAUAACACAUAGAUCUUAUUUUGCUACAUCGCACGCACGCACCGCUGCGCAUCGGUGGGAAUGAAAACAUUAUGCUUCUUCGGUGGCCGGAGUAGCUCCGCCGUCGUCGCAGCCACCGUUCGGUUAAUAAUUUUUUUUUUUCUUCUCGCUUUACAUAUUAUUUACCUACUUAAAUAUUAAUGAUUUAGUUUUUACCUAAAAUUAGAUUUACACGAAGCGUAGGAACGUUUCAGUAGAAAAAAAAAAAAAAAACUCGCAACUCUUAUAUAAUAUUGUAUACG